AUGGCAACUCCAAACCAAGUGAUUGAAUAUCCGGUUCAGACAAAUGUGGAUGGUUUGCAGAGCAGUAAGCAGGGUCUCCUACUGUACGCCACACCUAAUUACUUCAGAAGGGGUUUAUUGAAUCUGAAGUGUACGGCAAUCCUAACACUGGUCUACGAGUUUGAAGCCGUCGAGUAUGUGAUCGCCGGAUCUCAACGAAAUAAAUCCCAUCGAAGUUCGUACUCCUGGAGGAAAGACUGGUCUCUGCAGCCAAACAGAGAGACUCCUAUAAUAUCAGGUGUGAAACAGGUGUAUGACGUGAACGAAGUGCUCAACGUCAACUGCACUACUAAUGCACACGAGGCUCAACUCAAAUGGUAUGUCAUGAAUGUCGAGGUAAGCAUUCAGACAUCAAUUGACAUCUUCUUGACUUUCAUAAGACAUACAUAA